AUGGAGGACUCGAACGGCGCCGAGAUCAAGGCCCCGCCGCCAGUCCAGCGACGCCCGCCGCGCCCGCGUGGAGGCGGCUUCACCCCCGAGGGCUUCGUGGCCGCGCUUCGCCGCCGGCUGAGCUCCGGUGCCGCGGUGGCCGCGCGUGCCAGCUUCGCGGCGGACUCUGGGGACGAGUCCGGCCCCCCCGAGCCCUCCUCGUCGCACAGCCGCCGCGACUCAAGCGGGGACACCUCGUCCGCCGGCGGCCCCGGGGACUUCACCGCGUUCAGCUUCCGCGCGGCUGCCCCAGUCCACCGGAAGGCGAAGGAGAGUCCCCUGAGCUCCGACGCCAUCUUCAAGCAGAGUCAUGCAGGCCUUUUCAAUCUGUGCAUUGUUGUUCUCGUUGCAGUGAACGGCAGGCUGAUUAUUGAGAACUUAAUGAAGUAUGGCUUAUUAAUACGAGCUGGCUUUUGGUUCAACUCUACAUCAUUGCGGGACUGGCCACUUCUAAUGUGCUGCCUUAGUCUACCAGCCUUCCCCCUUGGUGCAUUUUCAGUUGAGCAGUUGGCGUUCCGUAAUGUUAUUACUGAUGCUGUUGCUACCUGUCUUCAUAUCAUUCUUACAACAGCUGUAAUUGUAUAUCCUGUGCUUGUCAUUCUUAUGUGUGAUUCUGCGGUUGUGUCUGGUUUUUUGUUGAUGUUUAUUGCAUGCAUUGUUUGGCUGAAGCUCGUAUCUUUUGCCCAUACAAACCAUGACAUAAGGCAAUUAACCAUUAGUGGUAAGAAGGUUGAUAAUGCACCCAGCACAGAUGACAUGGAUAGUUUACAAGCUCCAACUUUAGGGAGCCUAGUAUACUUCAUGAUGGCUCCAACACUGUGCUAUCAGCCAAGUUAUCCUCGAACUGAAAAUGUUAGAAAAGGGUGGCUGAUUCGUCAAAUUAUUCUGUACUUGAUAUUUACAGGUAUUCAAGGUUUCAUUAUUGAGCAGUACAUAAAUCCAAUCGUCGUGAACUCUCAACAUCCAUUGAAAGGCGGACUUCUGAAUGCUAUAGAGACUGUUCUGAGGCUCUCAUUACCAAAUGUUUACUUAUGGCUUUGCAUGUUCUAUUGCUUUUUCCAUCUCUGGUUAAAUAUACUUGCUGAGAUUCUUCGUUUUGGUGACCGUGAAUUCUACAAAGACUGGUGGAAUGCAAAAACAAUUGAUGAGUAUUGGCGAAAAUGGAACAUGCCCGUGCAUAAAUGGAUUGUUCGUCAUAUAUAUUUUCCUUGCAUGCGAAGUGGUAUAUCGAAGGAAGUUGCUGUUUUUGUAUCAUUUUUUGUAUCUGCCGUGCUCCAUGAGCUUGUUGUUGCUGUCCCCUGCCGAAUUCUCAAGUUCUGGGCAUUCUUAGGGAUCAUGCUGCAGAUCCCCCUUAUCACAUUGACAUCAUGCCUCAAAAACAAAUUCAGGGAUACAAUGGCCGGCAACAUGAUAUUUUGGUUCUUUUUCUGCAUCUACGGCCAGCCUAUGUGCGUUCUCCUGUACUACCAUGAUGUGAUGAACAGGAUUGGGAAGACAGAAUAG